UGGCGUCGACCUCGCGUCGAGGUCUUAGUCUAUACCCGAGCUUCCUCGCGCCCUCGGCCCAUCCGCCGCCGUCCUCGCGCCCGUCCUCUCCCAGGCCUCCGCCGCCGUCCUCGCGCCCCGUCCUCUCCCAGCCCUCCGCCGGCGCCCCAUCCCCGCCGUCGUCGCGCCCCGUGACCGCCGUCGUUGUCGCGCCUCCGGGAAUUCGUCGCGCUCCCGGCCGUCCUCGGCCAUUGGCCGCGUCCCUGGUCGUCCCCGGGCUUCCCACCCGCCGCCGGCGUCGUCGUCGAGGGGGCAGGGCUCCGACCUCGCCGGCGUUUGGCGCAGCUCGCCGGCGGUCGCGGGUCUCACGCCGGCUGCCUCCUUGAUGUUGCUUUCUCCGCAGGGCUACGCGCCGAUCUGCUUGGGUCUAGAGGAUUUCUACACGCGCCGCCUCUAUCUCCGCAUCCAGGACUGCUUUGGCCGGCCGAUUGCCAGUGCGCCAGAUGCUUGGUUCGAUGUGGUUGAGCGCUACUCAAAUGACUGCAACAAGACACUCCAUCGUACCACAGCAACAACCAAAUGCCUUAACUUGGGUUCCUAUAACUAUCUUGGUUUCGCUGCGGCUGAUGAGUACUGCACCCCUCGUGUUAUUGAGUCACUGAAGAAAUAUUCGGCUAGCACGUGCAGUGUUCGAGUUGACGGAGGUUGGUGCUUAUUUUUAUCAAACUGAAGAAGAUUCAAUGAACAAUGGCAAGAACUCUGAUGCUGUUGUGCUAGGUUGGCAGGGUCAUCUUGGUGUACAUCGUAUGCCUCAGUUUGGCCUUUCUGUGCACCUCUGGGCCCUUUUUCUUGUCCUUUUGUUUCUGGAGAAAUUUAGAUUUUGUACAGUAUGUAUCAUCCACCAUAGUUCAAAAUAUAACAGGCAGAUAGGCAUUGUUAUCGAAUUCAGAAAAGCAAUUUUCCCAGUUACCUCUUUAAACCAUAUAGACUAUGUGACUGAAACCAUGUAGAUAUUUGCAGUAUUAUUAUCUAUCAUUCUGGUUGUUUUGAAUUGGUACGUAGAUGAGUCCCAUCUUUGAAACCAUGUAACAAAUCUGGAGUACAGAAAUGUAAAAGGCAGCAGAGUUGAGUCUGAAUCUUUUGGUGAGCUGUGCUUAGUGUUGAUUAAUCUGACUGAGUGAUCUUAUCAGUCACCAGAGGCCCAUAAGUUGCAGUUACUCAGUAUGCUUUACUUCAAGGACAUGGAGACGGUGAUUUCAUGGUGAUUAAGUAAGUUAAUCUUUUGUCAGUAACUAGUACCAGGCCUUUGGGCCCUUGACUGAAUGUGGAUGUGACAUUGUGCUAGGAGUGCACAAGCAUGUGAUGCAAUUGAACUGGAGCACACGGCCUUUCUGGUUUAAUAUGCUUCUGUUUGUCUUGUUA